AGGAGCAGCAAAUCCCCGGAGCACAUUAAAAAGCGAGGCUUCGCAGCAGCCAGGGGAAGAAAACACCUCCAUAGAAGGCAGCGGAGAGGAGCGGCUGCAGCAGCGCCCGCAACGCCGCGCAGGGGCCGCGGCGCCGGGGCGGCCGGACCCAAACUUUCGGGGCAGGGCAGCUCGGCGGCGGCGGAUCGCGGGCGGCGGCUCGGCCGGGCCCGGCGGUGGAUGAGGCUUUCUCGGCCGGGUCGCUGAGCCUGCAGCCCGCCGCAAGAUGCCCGCCGCGCUGCCCAGCCUGCUGGCCUGGCUGGCGGUGCUGCUGCUCGGCAGGGCCCGCCCGGCCGACGCCUGCAGCUGCUCGCCCAUCCACCCGCAACAGGCUUUCUGCAACGCGGACGUAGUGAUCCGAGCAAAGGCCGUCUCUGCGAAAGAGGUGGAUUCAGGGAACGAUAUAUAUGGAAAUCCGAUCAAGCGAAUCCAGUACGAGAUCAAGCAGAUCAAGAUGUUCAAAGGCCCCGACAAAGACAUCGAGUUCAUUUACACGGCUCCGUCCACGGCUGUGUGCGGCCGGCCGCUGGACACCAGCGGGAAGAAGGAGUAUCUCAUCGCGGGCAAGUCGGAGGGCAACGGCAAGAUGCACAUCACGCUCUGCGACCUGGUCUCCACCUGGGACUCGCUGAGCCCCACGCAGAAGAAGAGCCUCAACCAGCGGUACCAGAUGGGCUGCGAGUGCAAGAUCUCGCGCUGCCUCUCCAUCCCGUGCUUCGUCUCCUCCUCGGACGAGUGCCUUUGGACGGACUGGGCGAUGGAGAAGAACAACGUGGACGGGCGGCAGGCGAAGCACUACGCUUGCAUCAAGAGGAGCGACGGCUCCUGCGCCUGGUACCGUGGCAUGGCCCCCCCCAAGCAAGAGUUUCUCGACAUCGAGGACCCCUAAGCCAAGCGAGCGCAUUCCAGUAGCCAGUAGAGAAAGCCUGCGAGAUGUUAGACUGGUCCACACUGAUAUCACCACCUGGAGACAGCAUGAAAAUACGCCGGCCCGCGCGGCUCCUGGGGCGGCACGGGGGAGCCGCUCGGUCGCACGCUGCAGCCCGCGUCCACCGGGGCUCCGCGGCUCCCCCCGGCCGGGGCCGGGGCCGGGGCCGAGCCCUGCCUGGCCGCGUCCAGCCCCGCGCAGCCGUCGAGGAAGCGAACGCUCGCGAGCGCGGGAAGCGCCCCAGGCUGCGUAGCAGGUCUACCAGUCCCUCGCGCCCUGCAGCCGUCCCUCUCCGCGCUGCCGGGGCGCUGCAGCCUCCACGGGGCGUCGCGCGCGCAGCCAGGCGAGCCCGAGCCCUGCGCCGGGGCCACGGGCCGCCUGCGCGGCCGCGCGGCUCCGCUGCCGUUGCCGUGUCCCGGGAAGCCGGGGGGGGCACGCCAGCACGCCCGGGAUCGCCCCGGCCCCGUUGCACCUCCCGGCUCCCCGCGGGCUGCGGCGGCAGCGCCUGCCGCGACGCCCGGCACGGCUGGGGGGCGGGUGCCGGAGCCCCGGCGGCGGGAGGGGGUCAGACCCGCUCGGCUCUCCGACCUCCUCGCGGGCAGCGGAGCCGGGCUGGGGAUCGCCCCCGCGGGCAGGGCAUCCCGGGCGGCGCCGCGGCGGGCAGGGGAGCCGGCCGGCCGGCGGGGUGCGGCGGCUCCGAGCCGCGGCGGCGGCAGCGGCCGGCGGCCCCGCGCCCGCCUCCGGCCCCGCUUUCUCUGAGCCAUUUUCCCGUCGCGGUGGCGCUCGGCGCGCUCCGGAGCUGUCCGCCGGCAACGCAGGCAGCGCCGCGCGCGGCCUCCUAAGGCGGAUUUGGGAGCGUGUCGGGGCAAUCCCGGCAGACCUGCUUCAGGGGUGUUUUCAUGCUGUGCAUCUGUGUAAGGUUUUAAGAUGUCGUACUGGACCAGUCUGGGCAACUUCAACAUAUUAAAGAAAAGAAUUAAAAAAAAAAAAAAAAAACAACUCUAAUCAAUCCCAUAUAAGACUCCUGUUUGCUUACUGUAUGGUUAUAUCAUAUGUGACAUUUACUCCUGUCUCUGCUGAUAGUCUAUCUCUGAGUUUAAUAUUUCCAUUUGUUUUGCCAUCAGCUGUAUCAUUCCUGUGCUGUAAUUUUUUUUAUUAUUUUUUAAUUUCCUUGUUAGGUGUUAGAAUUGCACUUAUUUUUGUAAAGGGUUUCUGCAUUGGGCGCUUCCAACACAAAGUGGGAAGACUGUCGAGCGAAUUUGCGGAGGGUUGACUCCUCCGGCUCUUCCUAGUAGCAGGUCAGCUGGUGUCCGCCUCCCCCUCCCGCCUCCGCGUCGCGGUCCGCGGCCGGCCCCGGGCGCGAGGGCCGCCGCACUGGGGCCGCGCUGGACGGCGCCGCCCUGGAACUGUUGCUCUUUCUCUGGAAAGGAUAUGAAGGAUUCUUGAUUGGCUUUUUUAAUUUAUAUAUCUCUGGUUCUCGGCUCAGCUCGCUUCCUUCCUGACUCCGUUCCCCUCUCCAUGCAAGCAACUUAAAACGUUAAAAAAAAAAAAAAAAAAAGGAAAGAAAAAAAGUUUACAUUAUAGUUAUUUUCAAAUCUUUGCUUGAUAAGUAUUAAAGUAAGAAGUAUCUAACUUGCUGCCAUAAUUUAAAGCUUUGGGGGGGGUUGUUUUGGGUUUUUUGAGCAAUAUGUUUUUGCUGGAAUCUGAAGUCUGAGACCUUCUUGUGCUGGAAACACAUGAAAGUUGUUGAAUAAUGACAAGCAGACUGUGCAUGUCUCUGAUGCUUUGUAUAAUUCAUACGUGGACAUUCAGUCUUUGGACAAUAAACUGUAUUAUCGAACCAAA